GAUCUAUGAUUGAGCUUUACAAAAUCAUUCCUGUUCUGGUUGAGCAGUAUGCUUAUAUAUGCAAUUUAUAUCUUCAAAGCAUCAGUUCAUAAGUUGAUUUUCAAAAAGUUAGGAUUUUAUGUUCUAUUUCCAGCAGGUUGACCUAUUGAUUGGAGAACCAUACUAUUAUGGAAAUGAGGGAAUGCUUCCAUGGCAGAACCUGUGUUUUUGGAAGGACCGAACAAUGCUUGAUCCCAUCCUCUCAAAGGAUGUGUUGAUAAUGCCUUGUAAAGGAAUGUUGAAGGCAUGUGCUAUGUCUCUUGCCAGAUCUUUGGAGCAGUCGCUGUUGCUUAAAUGAGAUUGAAGACUUUGAUCACUCAAUAGUAAAUACUACUUUAGGUGCAUGUGGUGAAUUACCGGCUCCAAAAGAGGGACCUUGUCUGCCCUUUCCUAUCUGGCAGUGUGGUGAGAUUAAGGAGCUCAGUGAGAUAUUUACUUUAUUGGAGUUUGAUUGCUCAAAACCAAUUAGUCCAUGUUAUGGACAAGUGCAGGUGAAAUUCACUGAGCCUGGGAUAUGCCACGGGUUCGUCCUAUGGAUUGACUGGGUGAUGGAUGCAGACAAUGCAAUUGUGUUGUCAACUGGGCCGGGUUGGCAUUUCUUUUUAUUUUUUUGGGUACAUGGAAUAAUUGAUUAUACGAUAUAAGAUAACUUUCCCCUUCCCAAAUCUCUCUCCAUCUAUCCUAAAAUUAGAACUUAAAAUCUCUAACAUAGAGACUCAAGUUCUUAACCAUUAGGACAUCUUUUAGGGGACCUGGGUAGGUAUUCCUAGAGAGGCUAAUUAAUCAUCUGCAGAAAAAUGAUUGUAGGAGAUUACUCUUAUCAUUUGACAAUGUUUAUUGCAGAUCACAGAUAUUGGAAGCAGGGGGUUAAGCUUCUGGCUAAGCCUGUAGCAGUUGGAAUACAAAGAUCCGAAUGCACAUCUGAAUCAGUUUCUGCAGUAGUUGAAGCAACAUUUAGUCCUGCCAGCGGUGAGCUCACAAUCAAACACGUUUUCUCAUGAUUUCUAUGUGUUUUAGGAGAGCCCUUGAGUUUUGAUCAUUUUUUCUGGCCGUCCUUGAGUUGGACUUAAUCUCUAAAUUAUCUUAUAUUUAUCCGAGUGAAAUUUCCAAUUACAGCUGCUAACUUGUGA